CUGCAGAUGGUGCUUUCUUGCCUUCCCCUCUCCGCCUCAUUCGUUCUAGCGGGAGAGCAGGGGCAGCAUCUCCGCAUCUAACAGUUUAAGAACAUCAGUCCAAAACAAGAGGACACGGACUCUGACUGCCAAGUGUUAAUUGUUUCGUCCGCUGGUUACCGCAGUCUUGAGUAGAGCGGUCCCGGGAAGCUUUAUUUGUCAGCGUGCACUUCAAUUUCCCUGAAUAUUUCCGCCGAGCCAACCUGUCAAAUAAAGCUGACAUUAACAAGAGAGCACUCGCUAUUACGCUCAUAACCUCGGAGCUUAAUCACGGAUAGCACCGGACGGAUAGCGGUGUUGGAUGUCUAUCGCAUGACAGGACUUCGCUAAUAUCACAACACCUUGCUGCAGGAUUUGCACUUCGCUGUGCUGUGCUUAUAACUAUUAAGAAUGGGGAUCACCGUGGUUUUUGUCCUGUGCGUCCUCACCAUGCCGGUUUUCGGCGCCGGCAACGCGAUCGCUAAAGCCAGGAGUUGUGCGGAUGUCAAGCAGUUCUACGCCGGCAAGGGUUUCAAUGUUGCCGGACUUCCACAGAGCGAAAUCUCCGGUGAGCACUUGCGUAUCUGCCCUCAGGGCUACACCUGCUGCACCAGUGAGAUGGAGGAGAAGCUGUCCAACCUGAGUCGCGUGGACUUCGAGCGUCUGGUCAAGGAGGAGGGACGCUCGCUGCAGAUCACCCUCAACACCCAGUACAAGAGCUUCGACAGCCACGUGCUGGAGCUGAUCAACCGCUCGGAGAGCACGCUGGCGCCGACGCUGGGCGCGCAGUACCAGCCCAACGCGCGCGUGCUCCAGGACCUGUUCGCCGAGCUGCGCCGCUACUACCGCGGCGCCAACGUCAACCUGGAGGAGGCGCUCAACGAGUUCUGGGUGCGGCUGCUGGAGCGCCUGUUCAAGGCGGCCAACCCGCAGUACGCGCUGACCGACGACUACCUGGAGUGCGUCACCAAGCAGUCGGAGACGCUGCGGCCGUUCGGCGAGACGCCGCGCGACGCCCAGCAGAAGGUCACGCGCGCCUUCGUGGCCCUGCGCACCUUCAUCCAGGGCCUGGUGACCGGCGGGGAGGUCACCCGCAAAGUCUCCCAGGUGCCCCUGAGUCAGGAGUGUGAGCGCGCGCUGAUGAAGCUGAGCUACUGCCCCCAGUGCCGCGGCAUGGCCUCCACCAAGCCCUGCAACCUCUACUGCCUCAACGUGCUCAAGGGCUGCCUGGCCAACCAGGCCGACCUGGACACCGAGUGGAGGAACCUGGCAGACGCCAUGUUGAAGAUUGCAGAUCGCAUCAAGUCCACUGCCAUGGACAGGGUCAUCCAGUCCAUCCCGGUGUACAUCUCCGAGGGCAUCACCUACCUGCAGGAGAACCAGGCUGUGUUCCGCAGCAAGGUGUUCCAGUCCUGUGGGACGCCCACUGAGAAUAGAGAUGCCAGCGAUGCCCCCGAGGACCGGGCACUGCCCGCCGUGGAGAAGCCCAGCACCACCACCGCGCCCGCCAGCGAGAAACUGGUCAACGACGUUUCGGACAAAGUGAGGGCCAUGAUGGAGCACUGGGUGAUCCUUCCCAACAGGCUGUGCGCGGACCGCGUGGCCUCCGGAACGUCCGCCGAGGACAGCUGCUGGAACGGCUCGAACCGGGGCAGGUACCUGCCAGAGAUGAUGGGUGAUGGCCUGGCCAGUCAGAUCAAUAACCCUGAGGUGGAGAUUGACAUCACCAAGCCAGACAUGACUAUCCGCCAGCAGAUCAUGCAGCUGAAGAUCAUGACCAACCGCCUGAAGAACGCCCUCAAUGGCAACGACGUCGACUUCCAGGAUACCAGUGAGGACGUGAGCGGAUCAGGCAGCGGGGUGUGUAGCGACGAGCUGUGUGCGCGCAUGCCUGGUGAGAUCCCCAUCGUCAAGACAGAGCAGCCCAAACAGAUGGCCCCGUCCGAUGAGGCCGUUCGGGGAGCGGCCAGCCACAACCUGCCUUGCAUCGCUCUCACCUGCCUGCUCUCAUUGGUCACGCUGCUGCUUAGGCGAUAAUUGGCAGACAUCUCCACCAAUGGGGGGACUGAGGUUGGGGGGAAAGGGAGGAUGAAUGAGGGGGAGGGAGGAAAGGGCUGGGUUAGUUACUUUGCCAAAAAAAUACAUUGAAAACAAACAAAAAAGGUAACAAAAUGAAUGGACUUCCUUUUUGUCCCCGAUAAAGAACAAAAAGGAAUAUCGUUAGGAUUUCUUUUAUUGUUCUUUCUUCGUCUUCUUUUUUUCUUUUAUCUAAAUAUGGCACGACUAGAGCUGGUCUUUUUGGUGGUCUUUUUGUUUCUGGUGUUUGGGUUCCUUGAGGGGAAAAAAAACAACAAAUCUGUACUUAAAAAUGUUCAUCAAAACCUUUAGAAAUAGAUCUCUGUAUAUUUAAACCAAGUAACCACACCAUGGGAGAGCUUCUUUGUAGUGCUGAGCCAAAUUUUCGUUUUUGUGUUUUUUUUUUUUCUUUGUUUGUUUUGUUUAGUUUUUUUGCUCCUCAAUGAUACAGGCUUUAAGAUUGUUUAUUUAUUAGAGUUUUUAAAAAAGGGAGAACAGCGAAGUUCUACAUCCAAAGCCUUUUUUGUCCUAUUCCUUUAAAAUUGUGAUUGUAAGAGCGCAGGCCCUUAAAAUUCACCCAGAAAAUCUAGUCUUCUGAGGAGGCCAAAAUUCACCAUUAUAAUCUGACUCAUCAGUCCACUCCGGCUUCUUAAAGCGGACCACCGUGGACUGUAAGCACAUUUUCAGUAUCUUCAGGUCCACGUGUCGUGGGCAGUAAGAGCACAUCCAAAUGACACACACUUUGGAGAAUGUGUGUGAAACCUGAAGAGUGCAGUCCUGCAUUGUGGGGACAUUUUGGAUUGAAAACCUAAAUUUUAGCUCAGCGCUACCUGUGAGCAGAUAGAGGAACAGGCAUGGAUGUGGUUGUGUCAUGUGUAAAACACGCUCGCACCAUCUGACAAGCUGAAAAGCUUAAAAUGUGUGCCGUUCUCUCAAGAUUGGUUUGUUUUCUCAAGGCUGAGAGCGAUACGUUCGUGUGUGUGUGUGUGUCUGUGUGCAUGUAUGUAUGUUUUUGUGCAGGCACACGUGUUCGUGUGCGUGUGUGUGUGUAUGUGUGUGUGUGAGUGUGAGUGUGAGUUCGUCUCGUCCAGAAGCUCUAGGUUUGUGCAGCUGAGACAGCUGGGGACCCAAACAGUGGAGUGUUGAGAGCUCUGUAGGCCAGUUCAAAGACCAUCAGAGGGCCAGGACAGAACCGAAACGGAACACAGAACAGGAACACUGUCCCAGCUCAGCGACCCCCCCCCCUCCCCCUCCCCCCAGUGGAGUCAGGAGAACGCACUGCACUGUAGAACCACUUCUUACAACAACAACAACAAGAAAAAAACAAUGUGUAAAUGCUUCUGAUUUGCUUUUUUGAGUUAGAUAAAUUAGGGAUUAUAAAUAUGUGAUGACAAAAUGAAAUCUGUAUUUCUCUCUUUCUCACUCGCUCGCUCGCUCUCUCUCCUUUUCUCUCUCUCUCUUUUUUUUUGCUUCCCAUUCUUUGUAACAUUCUCCUGUGUGAUGCCAAAAUGCAAACUUGGUCUCCCUGAUAAUUCACAGGCAUGCACGCCACAAUGUUUGAAAAACUAUACUGCAAUGUUGUGAGAAUGUUUUUGUAUUAGUUUGUCGAAGAGAGUCUGUCAGUGGAACUGAUAGAGGACAGGAUGGGAAAGGGAUAUGUGUGUGUGUUUUAAUCCUGAUGGGUACUAAGGCUUUGUGAGAUCUGUCCCUUUUGUGGAUGGGGAUUUUGUGGAUGAUAGCAAGGGUGUUUGUGUGUUUAUGUGUGUGUGUGUGUGUGAGCGUGUUCGUGUUUAUGUGUGUGUGUGUGUGUGCAUGUGUGCAAUAGAGCGUUUUUUGCUGCACAUGUGUAGAGAUGUAUGGCGGAGUAAGACUGUGCUUGUUCUUGGAGUCGCUGUGGACUUUGAUGUCGAAAAGUGGCAGAAAUAUGACUAAUACAAAAGAGAUGCUUGGAAACGCGGGGAAGCCUAGACAUGACUGCGUCAGACCGCGCUGCCGCCCCCUCAUGGGGCCGCCGGGUCCAGUGCGGCCCGUUCUCCGGGCAGGUGCGUUAACAGAUGGCACACAGUGUGUGACGUGUGUGUGUGUGUGUGUGUGUGUGUGUGUGUGCGUGUGUGCGAUGCCCUUCCCUUCUUCGGGCACUGCCGCUGAGCAUGUGGGCUUUUUUUUUUUUUUUUUCUUAUCGUGGCACAGCACAGCCACCUAGCCCAUGGGUACAGAGAGUGCCCCCUGCUGACCGCCCGUCUUGACGCAGUGCUGGCGAGAUCCGGCCCCCUUCCGGUCAGCGUGCGUUCGGAACGUGUUUUGAAAAGAGGGAACUCUGAUGAUGACCUAGUGCUGGGGGUCCCUAGUGUGAGCUGACUGUGUCAGCUUCUUGCAGUAUUUCCCCAUUGCGACAUUCCAAGGCAAAUUACGUAUGGGAAAAUAAAAAUAAAAACAAACAAGUAACUAACAAAAAAAAAACCCAAACAAGAUGUAACUUGUUAAGUUUCAUACCAAUGGCUGUCCCUCUCUUUGUCUGUCACAUCUCACUGCCAUUGGCUGACAAUUUGCACAACCUCUGUCCCUAUGUCCUAUUUCACCCCCCCCCACCCCCCCCCAGCACUGCUUCCCCACCCCAACCCUAAAUCCUAACCCCAGCCCUGAUCCUAAACACCAAACCCUAACCCCAGCCCCCCGAUCCUAAACCUAACCCCUAGACCCCAAACCCUAACCCCAGAUCCUAAUCCCUAAACCCUGACCCUAGUCCCUAAACCCUAACCCCAGCCCCCCCGAUCCUAAAGUUCAUUUCAAUUGCUGCACUUUUCAUGACGCAUGUGGCUUCCCUGUCCACGGGCUGGCGUCGGCUGCAUAACAACAUCACAGGAUAGGGGAUCAAUACUUGAGAAACACCCUGCAGAAAGAUCCAUCGAUCGGGACUCCCGAUUUAUGUAUGCGGACAGUACAGGGGUGGAUGGAUGGCGAGAACCGCUCCACUCGGAGACAAAACUAAAGAGCAGUCGGAGACCAGGGGCCCAGUAAGCCCCCUGAUCCCCCUCCCCCCCCACCUCUGUCUAAUGUUGAAUGUGGCAGGCAUUUAUGAAAUGUGCCGAAUUUUUUUUUUCUUUUUGAGAAACCAUUCUGAUAUAUAUAUUUUUUUCUUUGUCUUCUGUUUUGUUGUUUUAAUGAGGAAAAAAAUGAUAAGUGAAACAUUGGUUUGUUUUCAUAGCCACAACAGUGCGAGGAAAUGAGGUUGGAGGUAAAAAAAAAAUGAAAAUUAUGUGUCAGUUGCUGUUGUAUGUUCCUGAUACCUUGUGUCAAUUAUAUACGUCAUUAAGAUUUUCAAGA